AUGUUUAAUGAGGAAAUAUUAACUGAUUUUGUUGAUGAUGAAGUUAUAAAAACACAUAAAUGUAUUUUGGCAAAGAAUAGUAAAGUAUUUCACAAAAUGUUUGAACAGAAUAGCAUGACUGAAGCACAAAAUGGGGAAGUUAUUCUUACUGAUACAACACCAGAAUGUGUUCGUGCAAUGUUGGAGUUUUUCUAUAUUGGAAUGGUUUCUGAUGAUAGAAUGAAAGAUCACGUUGAUGGUAUUUUUGUUAUUGCCCAUAAAUAUGAAGUAGAAAUGUUGAAAUAUUUGUGUGAACGUUUUAUGUCUAGCAAUAUUAAUAAUGAAAACAUUGUUAAAUAUUGUGGGAUUAUUGACUUAUAUGGUGCUCCAACUUUGGAGAAGACAUGUAUAAAUUAUAUUCAAGCAAAUAAAAGGAACUUUUUAAAGAGUAACGAAUGGGAAGAAAUUAAAAAUAAUUAUUUAAGUUUGGUUCCUCGAUUGUUGGAAUCUAUUAUUUUGAAGGAUUAG